AUGUGUUUACUAUUCGUUAUGUUGGUUAAUGAGGAAAUGAAUAGUAUUAUCAGUUACUCUUUUUUAUCUUGUUUUGUUGAUCAUUGUGAGGAAAUAAUUAAAACUAUUGGUGAUCUUAGAUCGAAAAAAACAGAAGAAAAUGGAAGUACAUCUCCAGUGGCAUCACCAAGAUUCUAUAAUAAAGAUGAAGACCCUUCCCCAAUGAGUGCACCCUCUUCGCCAAAUAUGUCAUCCAAAAAACUGUCUCGUGGAAGAUCAUUCUGGCAAGCCAAGCAAAAAGAUGAUUUCGAUGAGGCUCUCCAAUUAGAGAAGGAACGUGAGAAAGAGAAAGAAAAAGAAAUGAGAGAGAAAGAAAAGGAAAAGGAAAAGGAAUUGAGAGAGAAAGAGAAGGAGAAAAAGAAACAAGAAAAAAGUAAAAAGAAAAUGGUUAAGAAAUCGAGUAGUAAUAGAGCUGGUGAUGCCUCGGGCGCAACCAAAAAGAGAAUAAACUUAGAUGAAAACUCUAAAGACGAGUCAUACAUGGAUGAUGGAUACCCAACAGAGGCAAUUGAUGAAGAGCAAAACUAUGAAGAUGACUCUGACUAUGAGUACAACGAUCAAGAAACUGUUUCUGCUGACGACGAAACCAAAAGUCAUACAUCCGAUGGAGAAAUUGAGUUGGUCGAUGAAGACGGUGAUGCAAUCGAUACUUCAAAGAAAGCAAAAUUCAAAAAGAACUGGAUAAAAUGGGUCUCGAUGUUUUCAUAUUUUCCAACAAUCGGUAUUUCUGCAGACGGAUCACAAUCGCCUCGAUCUCCAACCAUAGCCUCCAUCCAAUCACAAAGACGUAGAGGAUCUUUAUGUUUAGAUUAA